GGGUACAGGAAAAGGCAUACAAAGGUCUGAUGUGCAUGCAGAAGCAAUUGGGGAAUUCACAGCAACUAGAAUUCACCUUGUUCUUAUUACAUGGCACAAAUCAAGAAAUUGAAACACAGAUUAGUGCAAUCAAUCAGUUUGUGAAGAGCAAGAUACCACCUGGAAUACUAGUUAACUUCCUAGAGCCUUCUUCAGAUGAUGACAACUAUACCUUCCCAGUUCCAUUAUGUGGCCAAGGAUAUGUAAAGUGUGAUGUCAACGUAAAUGGCAAUACCUGUUGUGUCCGUUUUUACCAUGACGAGGUUUUUGUUUCAAUUCCUGAUAUUAAAGAGAAAAGUGGAAGGUGUAUAGAUGGAGCACCUGCACAUGAGACGCGACUUCACGACCCUGACCUACCUGCCUGUAUAAGGUUCUCCCUUUUCUGUAAAACGCCAAUGGAGAUGCGAACCCCAACCAAUUUCAAAGUGGUUCUUACCACAACAGAUGAAAAUAGGACAGAGAUAUUUGGCAACCAUAAAGCCGAGAAAUAUUUUUCAGCUUGCUUUUAUGGUACAGACGAAAUGUCGCAGAAGAACCCAAAUGCAGGCAAUUCCUUGAUGCCAUUGAACGACUGGAAAAUCCUAGUGGACAACCACGACAACAUUUGUGAUAUUCAAGAUUGGGAUGCUAUCAUAAAAUGGUUUGUAACUGAUGGGGCCCUAGAUAAGAAGUUCCUUAAUGAAAGCUUAAGUAAAGAAAGAAAAGGUGAGAUCAUGCGACAUCUCUAUCAAGUUGAGAACAUUUUCCAUAAGUUUAUUGAUGCUUUACAGACAACAGGAGGUAAUGGAGAAUUGAUCAACUUAUUGCUUCAGUGCAUGGCAUCAAUGGAAAAUCAAAACUCUAGUUUGUAAUUAUAUUAGUUAUUUUACUUGCCCAUGAAAAAAAUUAAAGUUCCUAUGACCCCUAACUCAAUAUUUUCAGCAUUGAUUUUAGGUUAGGUGAA